CCCUCUGCCAGUAGUGUGCAAUCCACUAUCACUAGUAAAGUAGAGCACACUAUAUAGUGCUUGAUGAUGAAAAACAAAGAUUAUAUCCACAGGGGAAAUGGAAUCAGUUUCAAGAAAGCUUCUUUCCAGUCUCUUCUUUUUACUCCAAGCCCUCCUGUUUUUCAUCAUUGCUGUUUCCAGUGUCGAUGAUGCACACUCAACAUGUAAUGGUUCAAUAGCAGAGUGUAAUCAAGACUUUGAAACCCUGAUGGAUUCGGAGAUAAGCAGAAGGUUUCUGGCAGAAAAGAGGUAUAUCUCUAAUGGGGCUUUAAGGAGGGAUGAGCCAGCCUGCAAUAGUGGUGGUAGGGGUGAACCAUAUUCUUCAAGUGAAGGAUGUCUUCCUCCUGAAUCUAACCGUUAUAAUCGAGGUUGUUCUGCAUAUUAUAAGUGCCGCCAAAAUGCCUAGAGUACAGUAGACACAUGAUUCUGGAGAUAAAAGAUUAUCAUAUUCUGCUUUUGCUAUGUACAAAUGGGGCUUUGUGCAACUCUUUGUACAAAAUAUUGAUCGCCAAGAACUCCUAAAACAUUCCAUGUACUUUUUCCCAGAAACAGGAGCAAAUCAAAGUUUCCUAUUGUUUCUCCAA